AUGUUUUGGGUUCUAUCCCCAGUGACACUCCUCUUUACUCUCGGCCUGUUACAGAAAAAUAAGCCUCUCUUUAAUUCGUUUCGUUUUCUUUACUACGUUCUUCGUUUACUACCUCUUUCAUCAAUAUCAUCAUCGCUUUAUUUCGCUUCAUCUUUCAUCUCUUUUUUUUCUCUUCUUCGUUUUAUUGCGUUUCAUCUCUUUUUUUUCUUCCUCGUUUUAUUUCGCACGACCCUGUUUUCUUUGAAACUGUCAACUUCUUCAAGCUCUUUCUCUUCUUUUAUUGGUCCACCUCCUAUGAUCUUUCACAUCUUUCCCAGUCGCACGUCCCUGCCUGAUCUCAUAUUACAACUUUUCUUGAUGGUCUCUACAUUUCUUUUAACUUUUCCUACAUCAUUAUACGUAGAACUCCUCUUGGAAGCGCUGCUUCCAGAAAAGAAAACAAACCAAACCAAAUCUAUCUAUCUAUCUAUCUAUCUAUCUAUCUAUCUAUCUAUCUAUCUAUCUAUCUAUCUAUCUAAAUCUACUCACAUCUAUAAUCUUUUUAUCUCGCAUUCAAAAGGUUAUGGUAUCUAUCUAUCUAUCUAUCUCAGUCUGUUCAUUAUCUAUCUCUGUUCUCUAUUUAUCUAUCUCAGUCUGUUCAUUAUUUAUCUCUGUUCUCUAUCUAUCUAUCUAUCUCAGUCUGUUCAUUAUCUAUCUAUUGGAUAA